AUGGUUGCGGGCUCUGAUAGUGCUACAUCAGAGAGUGAUGUUGAGAAUUCGUAUAACACUGACAGCGAAGUGGAAACUGAUUCUGUGUUCGAGAGUAAUUCUGAUAAUGUAGAUGAUACUAGUAAUGAAGUAGGUGAUGAAUACGAAAGCGAUCCAUGGGCUCCUUUAAAAGCUAAAGCAACCCAACAAAGUUUAUCGGAAUUCGAAGAAUUAACGCAGAAGUUCACUGCAGAAGGUUUUGACGAAAGGAAGCUAAAGACAAGGCAUAUUUACUUAUCCUACCAAAAUUGGGUAAAGAUUUGCAAAAUAUUUAUUUGGAACGUCUACUAUGGAUAAGACAACUAAAGAGAGAUCCAAUACACAAAAAAGAUGUCGACCACAGGGAUGCGUUAGAGGCCGCUAUUGACAAGACAAAACUUAUUUUGAAAAGAAUUUUCAGAAACACACGGUAUCGUAGUGACAUUGACUCUUAAUGGUUGUUUGUGUUUGAUUUAUAAAAAUAAAAUACGAUCCUGUGUGGCAGCUAUUUUCCCUUAACCCAUUUCUAGAGCCCUCUCCCAAGUCCCGACAAACAUUCAAAAAGGCCUUUGGGGCCACAUCUAUUUAAUUGUUAGGAAUCAGUUAACAUUUAUCAUUUGACAUUAUGCCUCGGAAGUGUAAAAUUGUCCCAUCUGCGGCAAGCGAGCUUUAAAAAGAUUGGCAAACCAUUUGGCAGACGUCCAUGAACUUCCGUCCCAAGAAAGACAACCUUAUCUUAUUCGUGCUAAGCCAACAGCUUUAGACUUAGAAAAUGUUUUAAAAGAGUUGUACAGAUUAAGUGGGAAUAGUAAAAAGCAGUCCAUGUGGAAUAAAAGCGGGAUAAAGAAUAUACCCAUGGAAAUAUAUUAUUUAUUUAUUAAGUUAGCUGCCUCGUUUAACCUAAUGGUUACUGCUGCUAGCUUGCACCCAUAUCAGGAUCCAAAUAUUUACUGUAAAUAA